AUGCCAAACUCUGGAGUUCAGCUUCUUGGCUUCUCCCUGGCCUUCCUGGGCUUCGUUGGGACAAUCGCAUGCACGGCCAUGGUGGAGUGGAAAGCUUCGUCGUACACGGGGAGCAACAUCAUCACAGCUCAGGCCAUGUAUGAGGGUCUGUGGAAGAGCUGCGUGUGGCAGAGUACCGGGCAGAUUCAGUGUAAAAUCUUCGACUCGCUCCUUCAGCUGCCACCGAACAUACAGGGGACCCGGGCGCUCAUGUGUGCAGCCAUCUUGCUCUGCUUCGUUUCCAUGAUGGUGACGGUGGUGGGCUUGGAGUGCACCACCUGUAUGGCAGAACAGCCGCAGCAGAAGUCCAAGGUGGCUCUGGCUGGAGGAGUGAUCUUCAUAAUAGCUGGUGUGAUUGCCCUGAUUGGAACAUCCUGGUACGGCCACAGAAUAGCCCAGGACUUCUACAGCCCAUUAACUCCCACUAACUCCAGGUAUGAAUUCGGGACUGCCUUGUACGUCGGAUGGGGAGCGGCCUGCAUGUGCAUCAUUGGUGGGGGCUUCCUGUGCUGCAUGUGCUCAGACAGGGGCUCCUCCGAGAAAGGCCCCCGCUACCUUCCGUCCAGCUCUGCAGGAGGCAGAGGCUACGUGUGAGAAGGAGCUCUGGCUCUGCAGCCUCUGCUAAGGCACCAGUCCACCGGGAUAUACAGCUCUAUGUCAAUAAACAGCAUGUUUUCUAUUUCUUUGUUUUGUCCAAACGUUAUGGAAAUCCAAAACUAUUGUUUGAGUUUUAACGUGACGUCCACUUCUUUUACUGUAAUGGUUUUUUUUUAGAGCUGAUGUAAAAUGUAGGGAAGAGAAGUGUUCUUUCAUCUGAAUUUCUUGAUUUUUUAAAUUAUUAUGAUUAAAUACAAAAUAAAAUCUGAGAAACAUU